UAGUGCUCAAGCGCGCGUCAGCUGUGUAGUGUUGUGUUGUGUCCCUCUCGACAUCGUUUAUGGAUCUUGUUUUAUCACUGUGUUUUCCAGUUACUGCCCGUAUUUCGUUCAAUAACGGAUGCACCAGCAAACAUGUUAAUUUUUGCACACAUUUUUUCACAUUCGCUUUUUGAACUUCGCCCCGGAGUGGAUGGCUAUAUUUAGUACCCUUAGCACAAGUUCACCCCUUCGCCACCAAAAUGAGCGACGGGGAGGCAGAAUUAUCACCGUCACAGAUCUUGGAACGGGUAAAGCCAGAUCGAGUUGCGGUGACAAAGCCAGAAGAAGACCGGAGGAGAAGGACGAUCAUUGUGGAGAAGAAAAAUGGUUCUUACGGAUUUACACUACAGAGUUAUGGAAUCCACUACAAGAGGGAACAAGAGAUAGAGAUGAUUACCUACGUUGAUUAUGUCGACUACGAUGGACCAGCCUUCCGAGCCGGGAUGAGGGAAGGGGAUGUGAUCCUUUCCAUCAAUGGUCAUGACAUGGAGAAGACGGAUCACAAAACACUUGUCAAUUUCAUAAAGAAUUGUGAUUCUCGAAUGCGAAUGGUCGUCUUGUUUGAAGACUGCGUCAGGAAGGUAGAGCUGCACAUGCGGUACAUCCAGCUGCAACGGAUUCUGCAAGGCAAGAUGGUGGAGCUGGAAAGAUUGUGUCUGCGGGAGAGAGAGUUACUGCAGGGGAAGUGGAAGACACACAGUCUGCCUGCCAGGAAGAAGACAUCUGGAGCAAAGUCUUCCAUUGACGCCACAACCCCUACCCACCAAGACAUAGGAGAAUCCCCGUACUGCCGCCCUACUGUGUCUACGGAGGACGUAGCCAGGGCUGCCCCAGUCUACCCUACGCCUAACCAGCUUCUGCUGGCCUACCAGUACAUAGACGCACACGGCCGAGCCUACUUCAUCCAUCCCACUGCCACACCCAGCAGUAGUGGUGAAUACCUAGUCUCCAGUUGGCAAAGCAACUACUCGUCAGGCAGUGAGAGAGAGAGGGAGCGGAAGAACUCGAGACAUCGAGACCGUGAGCGCCAUCAUGCAAGUGACAGCAGGCGGUGUAGUGCGAGUGGAGUCGCGCCGGACACCAGCUCUCGUGGAGGCUACGCUCAACAGUGUGCCAAUGCUCACAACGGUGUCAAUCACAAGGGCAAAGGGGACCGCUCGCACAACCACCUCUGCAACCCCUGCCUACAGCCGAGUGCUCAAGACAACACCAGCCUGGAAGCGUACGAUCUCGCCAGUCCGUGCUGCAAUUCACACUGCGUUCCCUCCACUCGCCGACGUUCCCGACACAAAAACUCCCACGAUUCCUCCACCUCUUCCCGAGGCGAACACAAAGAGAAGUGUAACAGUCGGGCAGUUCAAGUGUCAUCUAACAGCUACAAGAAUGGCUGCCAUCAUGUAGAACCUUCCUACACCAGCCGGGGCACUCGGUACUUCAGCCUAGUAAGUCAAUGCAGCCUACACUCAUGUACCAGUAGCGAGCUAAACAGUGGCGGAGGUGGCGGUGGAGUGACUACGGGGGGAGGGGAGAGUAGCGCCGCGUCCUACACCACGUCUCUCAGCACCGACACUCUCUACUGGGACCCUCCUAGCGAGGCUACACAACGCCAACACUCUCACCGAGGCCAUCACGAGCCUGCCAAACCCAAGUCAUGGGACAACCUAACCACCAAGGCGUUCGGAGGCUACGGCUUUGGCUACGGUUACCUCGACCGAGGCGAAUCCUCCAAGAGUCACUCCUCCAAAAAUGGCCAUUCUUCUUCGCACAAUCGCAAACAACAACGAUAUGUUCAGCCUACAAAGUCAACGGAGUCGUUGCUGCUGUUACCGCAAUACCCAACACUCUCAGACUCGAGUUUGAGUUGCGAGUGUCUCGAAGUGAAUACCCCUAACUCAACGGAGCACAAUGGAAAGUUUAAUGGAGAACUGAGUCGUGACAAGGCAAGUCAAACGGAGAACCGGAGGAUCGUGAAUAUCCAACAAGCUCCAGAGAUUACUCGUCUGUGAUAAUGUACAAUAUCAAAUAUUUAGGUUAAGUACGCUUCAAUUUUUCAAAAGAGGAAACUAUUGAAUGACUGUAUUAUCUGUUAAUGUUGUUGGUUUAAAUAGUUUUACGUACUUAAAAAUUUGGGAAUACAGUUUAAUUUGUUAUACAAGUACAUAGUUUGAAUUCAAAAGAGAAUUAUAUUUGUGUUAAAGAUGAACAUUUUAGAAUGAUGAGUUAUGUUUAAGUUACCAGUUAUUGAUGUGUAGAUUUUUUAAAUAAUUUAUAGUUGAAAAUAAUGCUCAAAGAGUAUUUAGAACAUUUAUUUGUUUAUGUAGUUUUAAGAUUUUAAAUUAAUUUCAAUCAAAUAGGAACCGGUUCCAUUAAACUUUCUUUACUGAUUUUCAGACGUUUCUUGUAGUUUUACCUUAUCAGCACAAAAUGAGAUACAAUUUAUAUAAAGAUUUUGAUGUAAUAUAGUUUACUAAAUACUAAGUUAUAGAGUACCAUGUCAAAAAGUAAUUUGGUAGAAUUGACAAUAGAUGCUGUGCAGUCCUUUGAUAGGUAUUGGUAUAGAAUUGUGCUGAAUCAGAUUAUUUAUAGGUGGUUUGGAUUAAAAUAUAAAAUUAAGAAUAAACUGCUAAAUGAGUUGCUCUUAGACAAGUGAUUAUGAAUCACUUUCUGAUCACUAUACUUUUAGGUAACUUGCUCAAUGUUAUAACAUUUUCACAGCAAUGCCAUUAUCCCACAAUCCUUCAAACACUUGUCUGAAUCUAAAAACUCAUUUAGUUAACAUGUGUUUCAAAUUAGAAACUGUUGGUUCAUCUUUUAAGCCGCGUUUACACGGGGCCAGUAGGCAAGGAGGUUACUUGCCUCUAGUACAUUUUAAAUUAACGGAAUCAGGAAACCUGCCCAUCUACUGGCCUUGUGUGCUUUAUUCCAAUGAUGAUCGGAAAGGAUUUUAUUAGUGGAAGCUUUGAUCCAAUAGUCAAUGGUGGAAGGGACUUACAACAUCCUAAUGCUGAACUGGAAAAAAACUGAAAAAAGCUACUCAAUCUUUUUUAGGUCUACAUAAUUAAAUAAAUAUCACAUGAGAAACUAAAGCAUUGUAUAAAAGGCAAACCUAAGGGUAUUCUACUUUUUAAAAAGGUAAGACAGAUUGGAUUAAAGUUUAGAUUGGUUAAAAACUCACUAACAAUUUCAAUUAACAUAUUUUAAACUGUAGAAUAUUGGUUUAUUUACAGUUACUAUAACGUAAAUACAAUCCCACCACAAUAGCUGGAUCAGUGGUUUAGAUAAUUUAUAAGAUGAAUUAAUUCAAAGCUUCAAUUAAAUCAAAUUCAAAGCUGUCUAUUUCAAUGGUAGUAUUCAUGCCAAUAAACAUCAUGAUAUUGGCAAUGAAAGGUGUGAAAACAAAACAAUUCUUUUCUCUUCACAGACAAUACCUGGAUUUAGCCUUUAAGCUAUGUUUUAUGAUUUGGCAGUGUGCUCUUUUAACUGUUUUAACUACUCUAAAAGGUCCCUAGCCUACUGAAUGGAUAUUCACCCUGGAAAUGGUCUUUCAAUAGUUUCCUUCUGAUUUGUGAAAAUAUUGUACUGCUUUUUAAGAUUGAUGAUUUUCUAGUCAAAUGUUGUGUAAGGAUCUGUUGUUGCCAUGAGUUGCUUGUUGUUUAACGAGACUGUUAUAAUCACAUCGAUGCAUAUCUUUGUUAUUCUCUUCUAUUUUUAUUUUACCCACAAGCACCUUUUGUCUUAAUUAAUAAACAUUUAAUUAUU